GACAGAAAGAAAGACGGAGAGAAAGUAAGGAAGAAAAGAGAGAUGGUAAAAGCCAGAAGGUUCUAGCUCAUUUAUUUUUAGUCAAUCGGUAUAUUGUGGUGUUAAUGAUUCAUGGUAAGUGGGCAAAGAUUAUAAGAAAAAGAGGGUGUUUGCGUCACCUUGACCAUGCUCCAGUAAGUCUGCAGUGGAGUAGUCUGAUACAGGAGAGAGGUGGGAAAAGAGGGACAGAGGAGAAUAAAAAAUAAAUUAAAAAAGAGAGAUAAAGUGCACAGAAGACAGUCAACAGGAUUAAAUAAGAGACAAGGUGAGAGGAAGACAGUAAGACUUAUAGUGAGUGUUUUUAUAAAUGUUUAGGCAUACAGGGAGGACGAAAAUCCUAAAAUUGAACCACAUAGAGAUAAGAAGGUGGACUUAAUUUGACAGUAAACCAAGGAAGUGCUGGCUCACGUCACUGGAAACUUUGGACAAUUAAAUCCAGACAAACAUAACCUCCCAUUGCAGGCGAACAGACAUGUCUGUGUUGAUGCCACCGUCAACAAUGGCAUUUAACUGAGACACCCACUUCAAGAGGCAGUGUCACAAGGAAUAUCCACUUGUUACUGCACCUCUGCUUUCUUCUUCAAUGGAAAAGAACCAGCUUGGGUGAGUCAUUGGUGUGCUACCUACAAGAAUGGAUGGAGGAAGUAUGUCCAUAACCUGACACUAAGAAUGACUAUUGAUGUGGGGAAAACAUAAAUUCUUUUUUACGUUGAUUGUGGAUACCAAAAUGAAACAUAUGUUUUGUUAUUAGAGAAAUCUCAAAGAACGUGAUCUUCCACCUUACGACUUCAAAUGGAUUUGACUUUCAUUUGAAACAGCUCUGAUGUAUAUUCAUUGACUUCUCUGCAUUCUAAUUAAAGGCGAAUUGUUGCAGAAUUAUGGUCAAAUUUGUAGUAGAGUGCCCUUGAACAAUGCCUCUUCUUUCUGGAUGAAGACUGCCAUCUGAAUUGCAACGCUGAUAUAUCUGAUAAGCAUCCAUAUCUGAGCUGGAGAUUCAGUGUCGCACAUCAGCAGGAGAGAGUGAGCUUCCCUUCAAUACACCAAGCCUUAUCACCUUACCUGCAGACAUUAGUGAGAAAAAAAGGGAGGAGGAUGAGAGAAAGGAAAGGGUCAUAGACCAAACAAGAGUUUGUAAAACGUGACCAGAAGGGAUUUAAGAAGUUCAAUGAGGACCUUUGUUCACUGCCAGUUUCAGGAUUGCUACCAAAAAAACUGAAAACGUCACUGUUUUGGAAAAGACAGAAUCAGAGUGGGGGAUGGGAUAGUGAAUGUGCGUAUGUCCCAAGAAAAGGAAGACGAAGGAUCAAGACACGCUGAAAGAGAAUGCCGGAAAACAAGCAGACAAUCCAGCACACUGGAAGCUAUCUCUCCCACUCUGCUUACAGGAAGAUAAAAAGGAUGCUGAGCUUCAGAAGACGUGUGUUUGGUCAGAGGUUGGAGGAGACUGUCCUGUAUGAGAGGAGGUAUGGGGAUCAUAUGGCUCCUCUGGUGGUAGAGCAGUGCGUAGACUUCAUCCGAGAGCAUGGGCUUACAGAAGUGGGACUCUUCAGGCAGCCCGGCCAGGCCACACUGGUUAAAGAGCUGCAGGAAGCUUUUGAUGCUGGGGAGAAACCAACCUUUGACAGCAGCACAGAUGUCCAAACAGUGGCAUCUCUGCUGAAACUAUACCUCAGGGAGCUGCCUGAGCCUCUGGUGCCAUUUUCUCGCUAUGAGGAUUUUCUUGUAUGUGGCAAAAGGAUCCCUUCAGACAGAGAGCAGGGUUUGCAGGAGUUGAGGAUACUCCUUCAUGAGCUUCCAGUGGCAAACUUCAACCUUCUAAAAUACAUUUGCCAAUUUUUAAAUGACGUCCAGUCAUACUCCAACAUUAACAAGAUGAGUAUCCAGAACUUGGCAACUGUUUUUGGGCCAAACAUUCUCUGGCCCAAAGCGGAGGACCCAGAAAGUAUUAUUGGAGGGGCAGCAGUUGUACAACAGUUGAUGUCUGAACUGAUCCGAGAGCACAGUUCGCUCUUCUCAAGAGAGAACUUCAGCCCUCCUGAAGCCUCUUUACCACCUAUUCACCCCAUUCACAGACACAGUAACCUCAUGGAAUGGGUGCACGGUGAACCAACGGUCCACUCGAGAGAGUCACUGUUGUGUGAAUAUAAUGUGCCUCUUACUGAUCAGACUGUAGCCAGUCCACAUAAACUCUCUAUGCCUCUAAUGGCAGUGAGGACAGAGUCUUUUCAAAGCCUUUGUGAAAAAAAUGUUUCCUAUCAUCUAUCAGAGACAGAGCAACAGCUUCAAGAAGACUAUUCGCCAACCAGCUCUGCUCUUAUUUAUGACAACCACAGUCAACAAAGCUCAGCACAAGAAUCUCUCCAUAUAAGACAUGUGCCAACACCCACCCCCACUUUACCUGCCUGCUCUUCUAUGCCCAGAGUUGUGGAAGCUGGGGUUGAAACCUUUGUGCAGUCAAAGAGUUGGCCUGAUAUGGAGGAGCCCAACUGCGGGCCAGAGAGAGUCUUAGGGGAGAGUGGAGGAAGCAGUGAAGCCCAGGACAGUACCUUGUCAGUCUAUGACAAUAUUGGUACUGAGAAGCAGAGGGAGGGAUGUACAGAGAACAGGGAGAAAGGCAGUUGUAUUGUGGAGGCAAAAGUUGGUACUACCAGUAUGACGAAAAUCAAUAGCUCUAGGUCCUCCUGUGAGAUAGUGCCUUUGGAUGGAGGCAGUGGAAGCGGUGGAGCUGCAAGUCCUAGCAAUGGUUACCCUGUAAGCUUCCACUCUUUCAGAAUGGACUCUGGGGAGGAAGACCCUCACCCUAACUCCCCUGCUUCCUCCUCUGCUCCCACGGACGCGCCUUUAAGCACCGGCAGCAGUGAGGUCUUUUUGCCGAAUGCCCCUCAAGAACCCCUUGGCAUUCCUGUCUCCCAUGCCAUGCAGUGUCUCAUUGCAGGGCUUCGGCAACAGAAGGAAAGGCAAAAGGCUGAAUACAAAGCAAAAAUCAACAGGUUGGAGCAGAAGAACGAGGCACUUCAGGGGGAGGUUGAAGGGCUGAGAUCAACUCUGGAGCUGCAGCGUCGCUGGACUAGCGUGGCUGAGAUCAAAAUGCGAAAUGUAGAGCGAGCAAGAGCUGAUGCUGACCGGCGCAAUGCAACCCUGCAACAGGAAAUGGAGCAGUUCUUUGAAACAUUUGGCGAGCUGAACGCAGAGGCACGAAAAACGAAUCGUAUUGUUCAGAGUUUUUAAAAUGCAGUGCUACAAAACCAACAUCAGCGGCAUAUGAAAUGUUUCCAUGUUUUAGAGUAGUAACACUGUCAUAAAAUCAGACUGUGUCUGUCUCAAGCUUGUACAAAUGAGGAUGCGUUCCUGAGGGAAAAUAUUGCCCCAUUUUCAACUUUAGUUAAGUUGCGUGAAAGACUGUGUGGACCAGCAUGUUCAAUGUUAAGUAAUAUUAAACUAAAAGGCAUAUUUAUGCCAUUUAAUUUAUAAAAGACAAUGAAUGACCCAGAAGUAGGAUAUUAUGUCUAGUAAGCAUGGAUGCCAUAUGAGAACAGUAGACUCUAGGAAUGAUUGGAAUCAAUGAGUUCAGACUUUAAAAGUCGAUGCAUUGGGUGGGGGUUACUUUACAUUUUUAUUUUCAAUCCACGUCAUACCUUGGAAACCUUGUACGAAAACAUACCAUUCGUAGAUUACAUGUAUUUGUACCACAUUAAUAAAACAUGAGAAAAUGACAGUGUUUUCAUUUGAGCAUUUUAUUUGACCAGUUGUAACGGUUGUUUGAUUUAAUUUUUUUCUUUCACAUAGAAAAAAUAUUCUCUCUCUAUUAUUGUAGAUAGUUGAUCUUAUUUUAGGUUUGCGAUUCAGAAACAAGACUGGUUGCUCUCACCAUUGCCCACUAACAGUGCACUAAAGAAACAGGACAAUACAAAACACUUCAAAGCUAAACAAAUAUUACUAGAAAAAGCAGUUGAUAUCUAUUCCUCUUACCGUAUUUGAUUGAGUUUUUGAUUAAAGAUCAGGACAAUUGUUUACUUAAGAAGAUGGAAUCUGAUGGAGAAUAUCUUAAGUAAUUGAAGACCUGAAAAGUUAUCUAUUCAAGUCAUUACCAACUACACUUCUAUUCAUGAUCGCCACUAACAAACACACAUCGAUGUUUACACACUUUCUCCCCCAAGGGAAACAGACACCUAAAGAAGAGAAAGUAAGCCCUUAAGAAAGUGAGCCAGCUUUGUUCAUUGUCUCUCGUUGAGAGAUUUAACACCACAGAGAUCCUAAACUACUGCUCACAAAAACAAUUAAUGGGCAAGUAGCUAUGAGAUAAAAAUUAUAUGAACACAAUGCACUAUUGCAUUAACGUAACACAUGAUCACUGUGCUACAUUAAAGUGAAUCACCAAAUGAGCUACAAGCUAUCCUCGAUGAGAUCAAGAAAUGGGACUUUCCUUUUGAGCUCAAUAGAAAACUCUAAGAACAAUGGAGAAGGUACUCUGAUAGCAAACAUCCAGCUUGUCAAGUAAGAACCAAAACUUGAUCGUAGGUCCAUUACCAUCAGUUGCUUUGUGCUCUUCAGGCCAAGCUGUAGUGGCACUGAUAGUGAGAAGCUUAAGGCAUGAAAGUGAUGAUGAUGAUAAUUCAGACCAUCAGAAGCACCUGGAGGCACAGAAGCUCAAAAGCACAUUCACAUCAUCCUCCUGGCUUUCAGUUCAUUGGUAUCUUCUAUAACCAGAGGAAGCCACAUGUUUUUGAGGUUGUUGAGGACUUAUGAAUAGGGCUUGUGUUUCCAUGCAUAACAAUUAAUUUACAGUACAAGACAUAUAACAUCACUAUAUAGUUGGAAAUAUCAACAGGCAACUUUUAAAAUGGUACCAGACAAACUGAAACCUGGGGGGGUAUGGGGGGGCAGGAAGAUCAAUUACACAGAGACAGAUGAAUGCCAUCAUAAAUAUGACUGGUAAAGAUUUCCAAAGCUCUCUAUGUUGAUGACUAGCUGCAUUUGCCGUAGUAUAUCACUGAAAAGUAAAUUUUCAAACCAAGGUAGAACAGACACAUACAAAAGAAAAAUACACAAGCGGAAGUGUAAUAAAAUGAAAUUAACAUGAAAACUCUUUCAGUGUUUCACUGAAAGGACAUAAAUCUUCACUUAAAGGAAAAUGACUAAAUAAAAACUAGGGAUGUCCUGAUAGCGAUAGCGGUAACGGGUCCGAUACCACGCUCAUGUAUCGGUACUGGUAAAAAUGCUCCUAUGCCAAAAACAGAUACCAUCUGACACACGAAUGUCAUUCCAUAAACUUUCAGCCCACAAAUUAAAAUCACGUUAUGUCCCAGUGACAUUAUUUAACCACAAAAGCAGCGAUUUAAUGAGAUAAAUAUAUAGUUUGCAUGUAAUUCAAAUUUGAGUGCUUGUGAAUGUGUGGAGACAGUGUUGUGCUGAUGCCGGCUGCUCAUUCCAGUUCAAGCUCCUCAGUUAAAAACACUGUCAUGAGCAAAGCGCUCUGUUUGUAGCAGAUGACAGUAAACAGAGUGCAAAUUAAUGUGGUAGUGUGAGGCACAUACAGAGUACAUACUUAUUUAAUUAAAUAGCAGCCUUUCGUAGUUAAAUAAUCACUAAGUCACAUAGCGUCUGGCUUUUCCAGAGUGGUAGCUCCAGGCCAAAACACAGAAACACUUCAAAAUAAAAGGUACAUUUAUAGAAAAAAGUAUGACAGAAAUAUAUCACUAUUGUAAAGUUAUGUAAUAUUCACUACUACUACUACUACUAUAUUUAUAAUAAUAAAUUAGUAUUAAUUGUAUUAUACUUGAGGAGUAUCUAACAGUGUGACGCUCUGUUAUGCAGCACUUUAUUUGACAAUAUAUAUCUCCAGUGUUGUAUUUUGGAUUGUGCAGUUAGGUUCGGUAUACAAGCACUUCAUUUGAUAAAAGUAAGUUUUAAUGAAUUAAUUUAUUUAAACACCACUUUGAUAAUAAAACUGAAAUAAACUGUUUAUAUGGUGUUUAGGAAAAACAAAAACAAAGGUAUGUGGACUCUGCGUGUACCAGAAAUUAACUAUAUGUACUCGUUCUAAAAAAAAAAUUGUAUCAGGACAACCCUAAUAAAAACCCACUUGCAAGUCAAUAAAAAAAAAAAAAUUUAAAAAGAGAGAAAGAGAGAGAGAAGGAAACAAUAGAUUUGCUUCGUACAACAUUCUUAUGGGCUAUUCAAGUUUAAAGGAGAUUAAAAGGCAAUGGUUUGCAUUAGCUCAUGCAAUUAAAUGUACAAUCUUACAAGAUAUGCCAUGAACUUGCCAGCGUUGAUUACUUUUGGAAUGACAUUGAGCAGGAGCUUUGAUAAGGACAUUUUAGAUCCAGAUGAAAGUAUCUCUUUUGUUCACUUUAAAACCUCAAUGUGCAGUAUGUUGUUUUUACAAUACAUAUGCUAAAACAUAUUUGUAGCAUAUUUGCUGCAAAAGAGUUUCCACAGCACAAAGAACGUAAAUCUGAACAUUGACACCAAAUCUAUGUACCUAUAUAUACACACACAUGACUACACCCUAACCAGCUGAAACGCAUUAUUAGAUUCUCUAUGAAAAUGUGUGUACGUUGACUAUGUACAGAGGCAGGCACUGCUGUUCUGAUUCUAGCGGUGUUCAGGCAUGUUACAGAUUGUAGUCUGUCUUUCUAGUAAGUGUUCUUUGUUAAUAUCAUGCAGCUAUAUUUGUAACAGGGAUCUGUUCCAGAGGGGCUGACUAGCUAUAAUGUUGUCCAAGAAUUCAUAUCUGUGCUUCUUUUAGGUGAUGAAAUGAAAGGCAAUAAAAGCAACAUUGCACAGACAGAGAGAAAAAGAAAGAGGAGACAUACUCUAAAUGAUGGCAUUGAUCCUAAAUAUUAUUACUCAAGCUGCUGCAGUAGGUUACUUUCCAAAGAUGGCAGUUAUUAUUAGUUCACAUGAAAGUAAAAGUGAAUGUGUGAAUGCUUUAACACAGUAAUCUAAUUCAUAUUUGUCCAUCAAUGAAGGUAGUUUUUAUAAAAAUCUAAAAGAAAUGAGUAAAGAUGGAUUAAAGGGAGAGUUCAUCCACAAAUGAAAAUUCUGUCAUCAUUCAGUCCCCCUCAUGUCAUUACAAAUCAUUCUUCUCUGGAACACAAAAGAUGUUUUGAAGAAUGUAGCUGGUUGCUCUUUUACAUGCAAUUACGACAAAUGGGGACUGGGAGAUUUCAUAUUUCAAAUAGGACAGAAAAGAACCAGAAACGUUGUCUAUAUGACAUGUGCACUAUUUACUAAGUCUUCUGAAGGCAUAUAAUAUCUUUGUGUUGGGAACAGACAAACAUUUUCUUCUAUUUGUUUUUCUUCAAAAAUCUUCUUUUGUGUUCCAAGGAAGGAAGUAAGUAAUACAAGUUCGGAACAACAUGAGGGUGAGUAAAUUAUGAAAACAUGUUUAUUUUUAGGUGAACUAUCCCUUUAAACAGUAAAAUGGAUAAAUAAGGCCUAUUGAAAAGGCAAAACUGGGUUGUUGUUGGUGUAUAAUAUAAUCAAGAUUUCUAAAAGCUAGUAUUAAACAUCUGCGUUUUUAUAUGCGAGUUGGAAAAGAAAGAACAGAAAGACAAACGACCCCUUAAAAGUGAGAGCGAAGAAUAAAGAGUGUAAACUUGAAGCCACGUGAACAUGCAAUCACAGUUCUCUUCAGUCAAGAUCACAGCAUGGCCC